AUGCUGGCUGUUUUAUACUGGGACUUGUCUAGUCUCGCUAAGCCAAUUUAUGAAGAUGGCAAGGCACAGAUAAACAAGGUGGAGGUGAAAAUGAAUCCCAAAUCAAAUCCAUUUUCUGCAGCUGGCUCAGGGCUCAUUAGAGGGGGAUUGGGUGCUUAUGGAGAGAAAAUUUUUGGGUCAGGCUCUGUGUAUGUACAAAGCAAUAUAAGCAAGUGCUUCUCUGACCCGCAGUAUUACUUCCAAGUGAAUGACCAUUAUGUCAGGAACAAAUUGAAGAUUGUUCUUCUUCCUUUUCUACAUAGGGGCCACUGGACAAGGAUAACUGAGCCAGUUGGAGGCAGGCUCUCCUAUAAACCUCCAAUUAAUGACAUAAAUGCUCCAGAUUUGUACAUUCCAUGCAUGGCAUUCGCUACCUACUUGGUUCUUGCUGGCAUCUCAUUGGGCCUUUCUGGGAAGUUUACACCAGAGGCCUUAAAUUGGCAGUUUGUUAAAGGAAUGAUAGGCUGGUUUUCUGAAGUGAUGCUGCUGAAAGUUUCAAUCCUUUCACUGGGAGGUGGGGAGGCACCUCUUUUGGACAUGGUAGCAUAUGCUGGAUACACAUUCACAGGGAUGUGUGUUGCUUUGCUAGGGAGGAUCACCUUGGGCUAUGCAUACUAUUUGAUAGUUUUGUGGACAUGUCUUUGCAUGGGUAUAUUCUUGGUCAAGACUAUGAAGCGAACUCUGUUGUCUGAAGUUAGGAGUUAUGACUCAAGCAAGCAUCACUAUCUCUUGCUCUGCAUUGCUUUGACCCAGUUCCCACUGAUGAUCUUCUCUAACACUCAAAACCCAAACUUCUAUCUUUACACCGCCCUUAUUGAUGGUUUGGCGUUAUCUGGCUAUUACGCUGACGGGAUUCAUUUCUAUUAUCAAAUGAUCAACUCAUCAAUUAUACCAGAUACCUAUGCGAUCACUUCGGUUUUAAAAGCUUGUGGGUGCCAGUUGGCUUUGAAAGGAGGUAGAGAGGUGCAUUGCCAAGUUUUGAAACUUAGGUUAACUUCAAAUAGGUCAAUAAGAACGAAACUAAUUGAACUUUAUGGGAAAUGUGGAGCAUUUGAAGAUGCAAGGCAGGUUUUAAAUGAAAUGCCUGAAAGAGAUGUUGUUGCAUUGACGAACAUGAUAAACUGUUACUUUGAUCAUAGGUUGGUUCAUGAGGCAACAAGUGUGUUUAGUUUGAUCAGGAUUAAGGAUACGGUGUGUUGGACUGCGAUGAUUGAUGGCCUUGUUAGGAAUGGAGAGAGCAAUAGAGCUCUGGGGGAGUUUAGAAAUAUGCAAAGGGAGAAUUUUCCGACUGUUUCUCCGGUUCAUAUCCAACCUAUCAAACACCUGAUCUUUGGGGUUCCGGUUCCGGUUGUGAGGUUGAAGCUUGGUGAGGUUGCGGAGGCGAGUAGAGCAGAGGAGGGGCAAAGAAAAAUUCUGGAAGCACCGUGGGAGUGUAGGGGUAAGGGUGAGUUUGGUGUGGUGGUGGCAGAGAGAGGGUGGGAAAGAUGGGUGGUCUUGCCAGGGUGGGAACCGGUGGUGGGGCUGGAUAGAGGAGAAGUGAUGGUGGCUUUUCCAGACGCUAGGGUGUUACCAUGGAAGGCGAAUAGGUGGUAUAAAGAGGAGUCUGUUUUGGUGGUUGCUGAUAGGGGGAAAAAGGAAGUGAAAGCAGAUGACGGGUUUUAUUUGGUUACUCUUGACAGCGCUAUUGGUGAAUUUAAGGUUGAAAGGGGUUCGCCGUUGAAGGAAAGGAAUGAUGAGGAUUGGGAGUGA